AUGGACAAAGGACAAAGUGCAGCCUUAGAACAGCAUGCAGCCAAAGUGAUUUUUGAUUCCAACACAGCGUAUCCGUGGCUCAUCAUAUCUCCAGAUGACAGGGUUUACGUGGAAUGGGGAAAUAGAUGCCAAAAUGUGCCGGACAAUCCGGAACGAUUCAGUAGCACUCCUGCUUUGCUGGGCCUCCCUGGGUUUUUAUCUGGGAAGCAUUACUGGGAGGUGGAGUACAGAGACCAGAGGGAGUGGGCAGUGGGGGUGGCCCUUGAGCGUGUGGACAGGAAGGUCUAUCUCAGGCUUGGUCCAGAGGAGGGCAUUUGGCAAGAGGGCCUCUGGUGGCAUCAGGCAUUGGAAAAUAAUUCCCACACACUUCCCAUAUGCCCUGGGAUCAUUGGGAUAUUUUUGGAUUAUGAAGCAGGUAUAGUGGCCUUUUACAUAGAGGGGAAAGUGAUUCUGAAAAGGGCUUCUUUCAACGGGGAGGUAGUGUUUCCUUUCUUCUAUGUGGGUAGAGAUGUUAAUCUCAAAUUAAUAUAGUGAACUGAUAAUUUGUAUUACUUUAAA